CCUGCAACAUACACCCCUCAGACACCACCAUCAUCAUCCUCAUCGCCACCAUCACCGACGCAAUGUCCACCGCCAGCGCUGAGACGAGCGCACAGCUUCCCCCGGCCGCGGCCAGGGUGUUCUUCCAGCCCGGCGUGGCUGGCGUCGGUUGCGCCGGUUCCGGACCGAUGCAACGCGAUGACCCGGUGCAGAAAAAGCAGGGCAAAGUGACGGUGAAGUACGACAGAAAGGAGCUGAGGAAGAGACUCAUCCUGGAGGAAUGGAUCAUUGAACAGCUGAGCGAACUUUACGACUGUGAGGAAGAGGAAAUGCCAGAGGUGGAGAUUGACAUUGACGAUCUCCUGGAGGUGAACAGUGAAGAUGAGAGAGCUGUAAAACUACAGGAAUCACUGACAGACUGCUUCAAGCCCACUGAUGUCUUCGUGCGUGAGCUCCUCGGCAGGAUAAGAGGAAUGAGAAAACUCAGCGCUCCGCAGAAGAAAAGCUUUUAAGCGCUCAAAUGCCAACGACAAUCCAGCUACCUGGACUACAGGUCCCACAAUCCAUCACUCAGUCUAGAGUCAACAUAAAGCCCUCAAGGACUCCAUAUCCCAUGAUUCCUUUCUGGCCCAGAAUCAAUAUACCAGAGUUCAUUUUCCAAGGACCCAUAUCCCAAAAAAGCAACUUUGUUCAGACCACAUAGAU